AUGGUGAUGUUCUAUCCAGCCGUGAUUUUGUUGGCUUCUGCCGUCGUGUCUGUUACAGCUGACCCAUUUAUCUAUAACGUUUACUCUUCUUCCGGCUCUCAAAAUGGGUAUGGAAAUGGUUAUGGACGUGACGAGGUUUACAUUCGCCGUCCAGGAAUGAGUGGAAGCCCAUAUUACUCUGGAGUUGGUAACCAAAUGAUGUCAACGGGAGGAUACCAAGGAUACCCAAGCCUUCAAGGACUCCAGGGACUCCAAGGAAUGCAAACUAUUCAGAGUGUUCAGGGUAUGCAACAAAUGCCUUACGGGCUCUCCAGCAGCAUGAUGGGAAUGGAUACCUAUGGAUCUAGCAUGUACAACAAUAAGCCCCGAUUCGCUGCUUCUGAUAUGAUGGGAAGUGGACAACCACUGGUUCUCAACGGAUACCCGAUGUAUCCAAGAUCUUCUGGAUACCCAAUGGUUAUUCCACUUGCCAUGGGAUCAUUCGGGUCUUCUCCAACUGUUUAUCAAGGGCCAACUGUUCAACGUCUCCCAUUUUCAGCUACUCAACGCGCCGCGGCUCGUUAUUUCUAUUAA